AUGUCAUAUUCUUCAUCUUCUCAAGAAAGAGCUAGGAAGGAUGUUGAGUGUGCUUUUGGAGCUCUAAAGAAACGGUGGUUCAUAUUGAAAAAACCAACAGCUUAUUUAGGCGAAGAAAAACUUCGAAAAAUCAUGUAUAUAUGUCUCAUAUUGCAUAACAUGAUUAUUGAAGACGAAGGAAGAGCGAUAUGUGCGUUUGACGAGGAAGAAACCAUACCAGAGACACAAUCAAUAGAAAUUUGUGGCGAAGAAUAUAUGAACAUGAGAACAGAGAUACGUUGCACUGAAACAUUUUACAAUCUUCGCAAUGACUUGGUGGAACACAUUUACGGGAUUCAAAACAUUAACCUUAAUUUGGAUCCACCGGAUGACUCCGAAGACGAGUUCUCGGAGAACGACUUUAUGUAG